AUGAGGAUCGCCACGAAGCGACUGUCCAAAGAGCUGCUCAAGGGCCUUCCCGAGGGCUUUUCGAUCAUCAAGGCGGACGACUUUCAGGAGUGGCAGUUCUCGAUAGAGGUGCUUGGCAACAGCCUGUAUCAGGGCGACAGGUUUGCGCUCCGAUUCCGCUUCUCAGAUACGUACCCCAUGGAAAGCCCCGAGGUGGUGUUCAUGGUCACAGACGGAUACAAGGCGCCCGUGCAUCCACACGUGUACAGCAACGGCCAUAUCUGCGCCUCGAUCUUGGGCAGCGAAUGGUCGCCGGUACUCAACGUCAGCUCGGUGCUGCUCACGCUGCAAAGCAUGCUCGCAAGCUGCAAACAACUCCAGACUCCGCCAGACAACGACGCAUACGUCAAGCGUGCACCGCUCUCGCCCAAGGAUAGCCGAUUCGUCUACGACGACGACACAGUGUAG